AUCCACAGCGUGGCGUCGCUUGGCGCUGGAAAUUUAAAGAUAACGAACAAAAAGAGCAGCCGAUUUGUGCUCCAAAACACGUCUAAAACAGCUCCAGAGACAAAAUUUAGCAACAAAGAAAAUCCGUAAACAUGAAGGCAGUACCACGGACGCCCAUGCGCGUCAUCCAGAAAACACCACGAUUGCAGCCGCAUACAACGGAGAAGCACCGCAAGGACUCAUCAGAAAAGGCCAAAGAUCCGGUGAAUGUGUUCUGCCGCGUCCGACCACUCCAAUCGGAGGCGGAUCUCACCUCUCUGCGGGUGAAGAACUCAACGACAAUUGCGUUAAACCCGCAAGAUCAGCUGCUGCAGCAUCACAAACAUAACGGCGCCCAGCGCGAGAUACAGUACAUCUUCAAGCACGUCUUCCAGCCGGAGGCCACGCAGCAGGAUGUGUACGGAUCGGUGGCCCAGCCGCUGGUGGAGAACCUGCUGCGUGGCAGGAACAGCCUUCUCUUCACCUACGGCGUCACGGGUAGCGGCAAGACUUACACGAUGACUGGUAACUUGCGGCAUCGCGGCAUUAUGCCACGCUGCCUGGACGUCCUCUUUCGCACUAUCUCGGACUAUCAGGCCAAGAAGUUUGUCUUUAAGCCCGAUAGGCUGAAUGGCUUUGAGAUUUUGUCCGAGGAGGAUGCGUUGCUUGAGCGGCAGCACGAGAUGAAUCAGAGGUUCGCUGGCUCGGGAAGAUUUGCCUUCCGGCACAAGGACUCGGAUCCGGAGAUCGCUUCCCAGGCCUCUGUAGAGCCAACGCCACUGCUGGGUUUGGAUGAAGACAAUAUGUACUCGGUGUUUAUCACCUACAUUGAGAUUUACAACAACAGCGUGUACGAUCUGCUCGAGGAUUCGGGUAUUCAGAAGACUUUGCAAAGCAAAAUCAUUCGCGAGGAUGCCAAUCGUCAUAUGUUCGUCCACGGCGUUACCGAGGUAGAGGUAAAGACAGUGGAGGAGGCCCUCGAGAUCUUCCAAAUGGGCCAAAAGCGCAAACGCAUGGGCCACACCGUUCUCAAUGCCGAAUCCAGUCGUAGUCACUCGGUUUUCAACAUACGCCUGGUGCAGGCACCCACCGACAGCCAGGGCGAGAAUGUGGUCCAGGACAAGCAGAACAUUACGGUGAGUCAGCUGUCCCUGGUGGAUCUGGCGGGCAGUGAGCGCUCUUCGCGCACCAAGAACACUGGAGUUAGAUUAAGGGAAGCGGGCAACAUCAACAACUCCCUGAUGACGCUGCGCACCUGCCUGGAGUAUCUCCGAGAGAAUCAGCAGGCGGCCAGCAAUGGUAUGCCUCCGAAGAAGAUACCCUAUCGCGACUCCAAGAUCACGCACAUGUUCAAGAACUAUUUCGAUGGCGAGGGUCAAGUGUCCAUGAUUGUGUGCAUCAAUCCGAGAAUAGAGGAUUAUGACGAGAAUAUGCAAGUGAUGAAGUUUGCUGAGAUGACGCAGGAGGUGCAGAUAGCCAGGGCCACACCCAUGAAAACCGAUUUGGGUUUGACUCCAGGUCGUCGCAAGGCCAAUAAGCUAUUUAAGAUAGCCGUCAACAAUCUAAACGAGCUGGGCAUACCCGAGGCCAAGGAUCUGGAGGUGGACGUGGGUCUAGUGUACAGUCUGGGAGCCGAUUUUCCCUCUUACCAGAUGGACAGUCCCGAGGCGGAGGUUAAAAUCCAGGAGCUGAUGCACUAUCUGGAGCAGCGCAUUGAAAAGCGCAAGAAGCUGCGCAGCAAUUUGGACAUCAAAUGUGACAGCUUCCGCCAGAUGCUGAUGAACCUAGACCGGGACAAUCUUCAACUGCGCACAGAACUCGCCUCCUUGAAGGCUGUGUACAAGCAAGAGCGCGAGCGCAGCGCCGCCUUGGAGAAGAAGGUGCGCAUCCACGAGAGCUCCAUUGAUGUGCUGAACAACACACUAAGCAAGCGGGAUCGGCAGAUCGAAGAGCUGUCUUUUAAGCUGAACGAAAAGGAGAGCCAGCUCACCCAGAAGGAGCACGAGAAGGAGAAGCAGAAGAAAAAGUUCAGCUCCAAACUGGCCGUGGAGUCGGACAAGACCAAGCGCGAGUUCGAGCAUAAGCUGCGUGAGCAGAGGGCGAAGCUUACAGAAAGGAUGCGCAUCAAGGAUGAGAAGCUGCGUUUGGUUUCAAACAUACUGCAAUCCGAGGAUCUGCCCAGUCUGCCGCGAUCCCAGAGCUCCGAGGAUAUGUUAAAUGAUAAGGAUCGCGGGGCGUUUACAGCGCGCACGGAAUCCUCAGUGCCGGCAACACGAACUGAUAUCUAUGCCACGCCAAGACAUGGUGCCGCAGCUGCCAACAAUCGCCAUCGACGCUCUCGUUCCGCUGGCGACAAAUGGCUAGAGCAUCGGGCUGCCAAUCCCGUGCCCUUGGGCACCAUCAUGCAGCCUUAUCUAAAGAACCGCAAGUCCAUCACCAAGCUAACCGACAUGAAGGAGCUUACAUCCCAUGGAGCCAACAAGUACUGCCUCGUCUCCCAGGAGGCGGACACCGAUGGUGAUGUCGAAACCAAGCUAUACAAGGGCAAUGUAAUCCCCACCUGUGGCGGCGGUGCCCAAGUGGUGUUCAACGAUGUGGAGUGCCUCAAGCAAAAGUCACCAGUUCAUUCGCCCACGAGGAAGCGACCCAGCAACGGCACUCUGUCCGCUCUGGGCGGAGGCGGUGCAGUGCCCAGCACCAUCACCUCGGCCCAGGACGUGGCCUCGCGCUGCAACCUCGGCAUCGAGGGACACAGCAGCAAGAAGUCCAAGAUCUAGGAAGGACACCUGAACAUACAUCAACUUAAAAAUACUUACUUAGCUUUUAGUUAACUUAAAAUUAAGUUUAUUACUCAUUUAUUAUGGUUUUUGGAGUUGAAUCGCAUUGAAGUGAUUUUUUGUUUGAUUAAAAAAGAAAAGUUUAACCUGUAUAAUAAAGAAUACCCAUAAAUGAA